AUGUCCAACACGAAGAGCUCUUUGAAAGAUGCCAUAAGUCGCACGACUCCAGGCAUAACAACUGAAAGCUCAAGGCCCCACUUCACUCAAUUGCAGCAGAAAACUCGCAUAAUAACAAGCGAGAGCUCUGACUAUUCGGCCGUAAUCAUAGUCGUGGUAGCAGUAGUGAUUUUUGUCCUCGUUGUUAUUAUUGCAAUCUUCGUUACUUUGAUGCAGAGAAGGAAGCAUAGAGAAAAGCUACUGUUGGCAGCUGAAUUAGAGAAAGAAGAGAAAGAAAGAAGAAGACGGCGUGCAAGAAGAAAGAGGACUCCAAGGAAGAGUAGAGGGAAGAGCACUCCAAAAUUAAGAAAAUUUGCUAAGCCAAGAAGCAAGGAGGAGAUGAUGAUGGAGCUCUCAGACUUUUUGGAAGCGCACUCCAAGAAAUAUAGAACCCCAGAAGAACCGACUGUAGGAUCAGCUGAGCCUAGUCCUGUACCGACACCAACCGUAACUCCGGGACUGUUGAGUAGUGAGGUGGACAUAUCAUUCAAAUCUCCAGCUGCAGCAGAUACACAUUUGCAAAAGCUUUCGCCAGAAGACGCAGAGUAUCCGCAAAAAUUUAAGCAGCCAUCCACACCCGAGGCGGAUGAAAAGGAAGGGGCUGAUCGUACGCCUUCAAUUGAGAUUAGUGAGAAAAGUGAGAAAAAAUCGACGGGAACGCCAACAGUUCCCGCGGCACCGAGUUCCAGCAACAUUACCCCUGCAUCCAACACAAAGUCGGUCACUACUGAAUCUAGACAAGCCACACCCACCGCGAUCGAACAUGAGGACCUGAACGAAAGUAGAUCUCGCGAGCAGGAAUCUUGGGAUUUGGAAAGCGCAGAAAAAGAAGGCUACCCAGAUAAAAGUAUGGAGCAGUGGGAAGAAAAGUUGCAAAAAGCGGAGAAGCCAGAGAAAGAAGAGGAAGGCUCGCGUAAUCACAAGAAAAAGUAG